AUGAAUCACAAUCAUAACCAUGAUUCCGAAGCUCUAAUAGUUGCUCGUUAUCACAAGAGAAAUCCGGAUCCAAAUUCAACACUGAUAUGGACCGGGAUCUUCGAUCCUUCUUUCCGGGUGUUGAUACUUCCUCGAUAUCUGGGUGUGCAGACGGCCAUUGUACCUAUUCCCUCUUCUCGACGCAUAACGAGUUCAGAGUACGAACAGGAACAACAGAAACUGCGAGAACAGCAACAAGAAGAACAAUCCAAAGAAUCCGAAUCCACAAAUACUCUCUCGAGCUCGAGUCCCACACCAAGCAUCCAUAGUUCCUGUUCUUGUUCCUGUUCCUGCACCUCCGAAUCCUCGCAUUCCACACUUCGUACAAGUAGUUCUUCAUCCGAUUCCUCGUAUACUUCCAGUUCUUCAACUACGAUUUCCUCAACUACAAGUUCUACAUAUAUCCAUACCCACCCCCAAAAUCCCAGCAUAAACAUCUCAGAAAAACAAUCUCUCCAUAUCCCCCAAAUUUCUCCGAAAAGUCUCGCAAGGCCGGAUCAUUUCUCAGAAAUACAAGAUACGCCGACCCGGACUUCGAUGCCCAAACCCUCGCUGGAUAUGCUCUCAGAUUCGAAUACAGAUUCGGAUUGUGAGGAUGAUGAUUAUGAAGGUUUUGUUGAUGAGGACAAUGAUUUUCAACCGGUAAUAAAGGAUAACGAAGAAGAAGAUUCGGCAAUAUGUGAUCUCAUGGAAGGAUUUCGCAAGAUGAGUAUAUGA